GUGACACAUGUUAAAGGGGGUGGGUGGGUGUCCAAAAAAUCAAAAUAUUUUGCGUUAUGAAGUUUAUGAACGUCCCUUGUAGACUAAACUCGGCAUUUAUAAUUCCACCCCCACCCAAAUCCAGAACUUGACCUUUCCCGAGAUCGUGACCUCGUUUAAUAUGGAUAAGAUGACGGAACUCGUGGCGCGAGGGAAUAACCAAUAUCCCGGAGCAAAGUACAUCAUACGCUCGAACGGGGACAGAAUUGAUUUGCGAUUUCAUCCGAAAUCUUCCGAUCUCCAUUUACAAUUAGGAUACCGGGUCGAACGUCACAUUCGAGAUAGUGAUCUCGUAAUUUUCAACCGACAACCCACCCUUCACAAAAUGUCCAUGAUGGGUCACAGGGCCAAAGUGCUGCCCUGGUCGACUUUCAGAAUUAAUUUAAGCUGCACAACGCCUUACAAUGCUGAUUUUGACGGGGACGAGAUGAAUCUACACGUCCCACAGUCGAUGGAAACACGCGCCGAGGUUGAAAAUCUGCACAUUACCACGCGUCAAAUUAUCACCCCACAAGCGAACAAGCCCGUCAUGGGGAUCGUCCAGGACACGUUGACUGGUGCGAAGAAGAUGACCAAGAGAGACGUCUUCCUGACCAAGGACGGGAGGAUGCCGAUGCCCGCCAUCGUAAAGCCGAUUCCUCUCUGGACGGGGAAGCAACUCUUCACGCUUAUCAUUCCCGGAAACCUGAACCUCGUCAAAACCCACGCCACACAUCCGGACGACGAGGACGACGGUCCGUACAAGUGGAUUUCCCCGGGAGACACGAAAGUCAUGGUGGAGCAUGGAGAACUCAUCAUGGGAAUUCUAUGCAAAAAGAAGCCCGGAACGAAUGAGGGCACUUCUUCACAUCUGCUUUACCGAAUUAGGUCAACCAUCGUAAAUAAUUGGUUGAUGUAUGAAGGAAACUCAAUCGGAAUUGGGGACACGAUUGCAGAUCCUCAAACAUAUCUCGAGAUCCAAAGAACAAUCAAGAAGGCGAAGGAGGACGUGAUCGAGGUGAUUCAAAAAGCACACAACAUGGAGCUCGAGCCCACUCCGGGAAACACGCUUCGACAAACGUUCGAAAAUCAGGUUAACUGGAUUCUUAACGAUGCUCGUGACAAGACUGGCGGCUCCGUGAAGAAGUCUCUCACAGAGUACAACCACCAGGAUGAUCUCAAGCACAAACUUUCCGACAUUAUUAAGGCCAACAAUGAACUUUUGCGCUACGACCAGUCCGGCGCUGCAGCUCACAUUAUUGCAGAAAAUGUUAAAAUGCUCCAAUUUCACGUGGCAACCCUCACCGAUAACGAAAUACCCGGUCUGCCGCGCCCCAUGCAAACUUCUGGCCGUCCCCUAAAAGCGAACAAAGCGCGGCUGAAGGGAAAAGAUAGCAGAAUUCGGGGCAACUUGAUGUGUAAACGGGUCGAAGUGCUGCCCUGGUCGACUUUCCGAAUGAAUUUGAGUUGCACAUCGCCUUACAACGCUGAUUUUGGCUAGGACGAGAUGAAUCUACACGUCCCACAGUCGAUGGAGACACGCUCCGAAGUUGAAGAUCUACACAUCACGACCCGUCAAAUUAUCACCCCACAAGCGAACAAGCCCGUCAUGGGGAUCGUCCAGGACACGUUGAUUGGUGUGAAGAAGACGACCAAAAGGGACGUCUUUCUGACCAAGGUGAUGUGAUAGUUUUUUAAAACAAGAAUCAGGCCCUGUGUUUUACCAGUGUGACAAGUGUGGCACCUUUUUCCGUUCCAAACCCCUGGCCGCAAUUCAUCUUUGGACUGCAGGGCAUGGAAAACCUAGUUCUGCCGGAUGGAGCACGGUCCCCUUUCCCACGCCAAUAUUGAAAUUGGACAAAUUACUCGAAGUUGUCGUAGCACCAGAAAUAGAAACUGAUUUUGAUGAAAAAUUGGCAGCCAGCCCGCUAUUCGUCCCAGUCGAGAUGGAGACGGAGUUUGAGUUUGAAAACGUCGUCGAACUAUGCGAACCUUUGGAGGAAUCUGGUAUUCCUCCAAGUUCCGAAAAUCCUGUCAGAAAGAGAAAACAGUUCAUCGCAAAAUAUCGCUCUUAUGAUGAGAUUAAAGAAGAAACCGUUCAUGAAGGUUUUCAAGCUGUGGUGCAAGGACUAAUGACACUCAAAAAUGCAGGAAAUGCAACCCUGGCCGACACCAAAUCUCUCCCUCCGGUAUAAAUACAAUCCGACACAGGAGUAAAAACUAAAUUGACUUGUGACAAAUGUGGGAAAACUUUUUCCACAAAUUUUACACUCCGACGACACCAGGAAAUCGUUAAAAAUUGCUCCAACCUAACCACACGUGAGCGAGUUGAUUUUACUGGACCAGAUAAACGCAAAAACAGGGUCCGACGGUGUCAGCGUGUCGCGAUCGAUCUAUCUUGUGACAAGUGCGACGUCAUAUUUGUUCACGCUACUUCAUUGAAACGACAUUUAAGCAACAAAAGUUGCUCGAACGUCAAGACUCCAUCGAGUAGCAAUAUCAAGAAGACAGGGAGAAUAAAGUGUAACAAAUGCGACGCGACAUUUAUUCACGCUAGUUCAUUAGAGCGACAUUUAAAAAAUAAAAGUUGUUUCAACGUCAAAACACCUGUUCCAUUAAGGAGAAAAAGUGCACUGCCAUUGGGGAGAAUAAUUUGUGGCAAAUGUGGACUCACUUUUGCCUCAAAUUAUUCACUCGAACGACAUCAGACUAACGUUAAAGACUGUUCCAACAAAAUCAUACUCGCUCAGCUAAUCAGAAAACGGCAGCGGGUAGGUUUUACCAGACCAGUUAGACCCAAAACUGUCGCAAUCGAUGGAUCUCAAACUCACUACGAGCAACACGUGAAACUGAAAACUAACUUGAACUCGUCCCCUGCCGAAACUAAUGC